GCGUUGUAGUUCGCUUCUCCGCGGCCUCGUCCCGGUGACAUUGCGUUAUCGCUUAACGAUAACAGAUCGAACAUCGAUAUCGAUAUGACGCAACGCGUGCGCAGUGCACCGCCGCCCUUGAGUUAGAUGACAUCGUUCUAGCUAGUAGACCGAGGAUUGUGAAUGCAUUUACGCGUAGUGUAACACGUUUACAUCUGUAGGUUGUGAUUAUGGUGUGCGGAUCGUAGUGUCACCUCCGUGGGUGUUUUAUUGUGGAUCGAAGCUGUGAUUGGAGAAUGGAUCGGACAAUGUAUGGCAAGGUGCUGCCAGGCACUUACAAUCCUUACCGGUGCGCGAUGAAGGAGAACGGCAUAUCGCCCGGCUAUGCCUUGCUUGCCGAUCUACAAAACUCGAUAAACCCGGGUCGAGUAUCGAGUCCCAGCGCUAGGACAGGAUCACCGGGAGCGAGGACCACGUCACCAGGCAGGACCACAUCUCCCGGCAGGACCACCUCCCCCGGCAGGACCGCAUCACCCAUCGGCAGAGGUUCGCCAGGACGUCUCAGUUCUCCCGGUGGAAGUUUAAGUUCUCCCACAUCGACCGGAUACGGGUCUAUAAAUGGCUCCAGGAAUAUCACGACGGAAUAUAAUAAACCUAGCUCUCCCACAUACCAGAACACGUCGACUAUCCACGAGAAGUCAUUGCCAAAGUACAGUACAAAUCAGAGCUAUGGCGGCCACUCGCCAGGGUAUACGGCAGGUUACGGUAGGACUAAUGCCAGGGGAAAUCUCUCCGAACUGGACACCUUGCUGGAUGAUCUGAGUAAUGCGCGUUACGGAAAUUAUGUAGAGAAGACCACUUAUAAUGAGAGAAAUGAAGGAUAUUCAAGAGCAAAUGGCGCGACCAGCCCGGCGUCAUCCCGGCCCACGGUCGACUCCCUCCUGGAUCAGCUCAGCACAGACGUACCUAAUGGCCGUGCAUCAGUAUCACCAGUCCCGCCGUCGCCAGUAGGGUCAGCCGCAGGCACGCUGCCGCGGCCGGGCACCAAGCAGGUGACGGUGACCGUGCAGGAGACGGUGGUGGAGCCCGCGCAAGCUCAACACCAGCCUCCGACUACGCUCGCGCCGCGCCACCAUCACCACGCAUCCAGUGCCACUAAGGAGCUAGACGAUCUGAUGGCAUCGCUGUCCGAUUUUAAAGUUAGCGGUUCACCGACAGAAAGCGGCGCACACGUAUACCGGGAGAAGCGCGCGUGGCAGGAGCAGUACCGCACCAACCCGCGCCAGCCGGAGUCCGCCUCACUGGAGCACAUGCUCGGCUCUCUUCGAGCAGACAUGAGCCGCCAAGGAGUACAAACCCCCCAGAAGGGAUGCUGCAACGCCUGCGAGAAGCCCAUCGUCGGACAGGUGAUCACCGCGCUGGGCCGCACCUGGCACCCUGAGCACUUCACCUGCGCUCACUGCAACCAGGAGCUCGGCACCAGGAACUUCUUCGAGCGCGACGGCAGGCCGUACUGCGAACCUGACUAUCAUAACCUCUUCUCGCCGAGAUGUGCCUAUUGCAACGGCCCCAUUCUCGAUAAAUGCGUGACCGCUCUGGAGAAGACGUGGCACACUGAGCACUUCUUCUGCGCGCAGUGCGGCCAGCAGUUCGGAGAAGAAGGGUUCCAUGAGCGCGAUGGCAAGCCAUACUGCCGCGCCGAUUAUUUCGAUAUGUUUGCACCCAAAUGCGGCGGCUGCAGCAAGCCCAUUAUGGAGAAUUACAUCUCCGCGCUGAACACACAAUGGCACCCGGAUUGCUUCGUCUGCAAGGAAUGCCGCGAACCAUUCCACGGAGGUUCGUUCUUCGAGCACGAAGGGCAGCCGUACUGCGAGACGCAUUACCACGGGAAGCGCGGCUCGCUGUGCGCCGGCUGCCACAAGCCCAUCGCGGGCCGCUGCAUCACCGCCAUGUUCAGGAAGUUCCACCCCGAACACUUUGUGUGCGCUUUCUGUCUACGACAGUUAAAUAAAGGCACCUUCAAAGAACAGAAUGAUAAGCCAUACUGCCAUGCUUGCUUCGACAAGCUCUUUGGUUAAGAUUUUAGAUGUCUAUGGACGCUGUCAAUGUCAAAUUGACAUUAAAUGAAUCACAGAUUAUACACCGAUUGUGUAUGUGAAUAUAAAACAGAUUAUGGAAAUUAUUGUAAUUAUUAUUAAAAAUUGUAAUUUGUUGUAAUUUUGAAAUAUUGUAAUUGGCUCUGACUUUAAUGUAUAUUUGUAUAAAAUUCAAUUUCAUAUAAAAUUAACUUCUUUGAAACGUUAAAAAAUCCGUACGAACUGAUUUCAUUACCUACGUCUAAAUUAAAAAAAAAAAUAAUUUUUAAAAAGUUUACACAAAACAGCCGCUCAAAGUUUUUCAGCCCCUUUUAGAAAAUAUUAUAUCACGUAUUUAUUAUAAUAUAAUAAAAUCUAAUACUUCAUAGAUUUGUAAAAAAACAUUUACAAUACUUAUUCUAGUGAACGGUGACUAAAAGGUGCAUGUGAUGAAAAAAAAAGUGUUUUGUAGUAAAAUUCUUCUACAAAUUUUCGAAAAAAAAGUUGUGCUACACGAACGAAAAUGUCACAGACAUUUAUUUGAUAUAGAUUAUAAAUAACUCUAUGAGAUUGUUGACUCAGUACUGCCACAAAUAUACCAAUACAGAAAAAUUACCAUACAUGCUAAAUUAUCUUUAAAUAAUUUUAAACUUGACAACUCAGUACACAUUUUUUAUUAUCUUUGAGUUAUUUAAACCUUGAACACUCAGCACACAUUU